CAGAGGGCCCCAUCAUAACAUUAUUAUUCUAUAUUACAACUUGCAAAACUCUUCACAGGAUAAGGUCACAACCUCUAGGCCCUCCGCUAAAUUAAACUACAAUUCCAAUGUUUUAUGGUUUUGUACUAUGUUAAUUGUUUUCUUCUGAUUGCCCCAACUAAGAUUGCAUCUUUUUCCUGUUCCUGCUACUCCUCCCCCACCCACCCACCCAGAAUCCAUGUGAUUUGCUGCAACCUCAAAAUUCUCAUAAAUUUGGGAGACUAGUGUAUGUAUGUAUGUUCUCAUAAAUUUGGUUGGUUUGAUUUGAUAAUUAGGUUUGAUGAACGAAGGUGAGGAGGAUAUGGCGGCGAUUCCUCCAUUGUUUAGGUGCCCGAUAAGCUUGGAUUUGCUGAGAGAUCCGGUGACUUUAUGCACUGGUCAGACUUACGAUAGGUCCAGCAUUGAGAAAUGGUUGGGUGCCGGAAAUACAACCUGCCCUGUCACAAUGCAGAAGCUUCAUGAUCCUUCCAUUGUUCCCAAUCACACUCUCCGCCAUUUGAUCAACGAUUGGCUCCGCCAUGUCGCCAUGUUUGACGAUCAUGAUGUGCUCCUCAAAAUGAUGGACCUUGAUGACGGUAUCUCCGCCUUGAAGCUUAAUCUUGAGUCUCCAUCCAAUAGCUUGGAGCAGAAAGUUGAAGCGCUGCGAAAAGUCGUGGUUUUAUCGGAUGAUUUGCCGUUGCAUAACUCUGCUUUGAUCCAAUUAGACUUUUUCCGGCUAGUUCUUGAUCUGAUUUUUAGGGUUCCAGAGGAGAUGAUCAGCAUUAGUUUUGCGGAGCAGGCGCUUAUUUGUGCAUUGAAAUUGCUUCCUUUCAGUGAUUUGGAGUCGAUUAAUGAUAUCCUGGCAAAUCAAGAAUCUUCAAGGUUGUUUGUAGCCCUGUUUGAGCAGGGUAGUUUUGUGAUGAAGAAAAGCCUGUGCUGUUUACUGGAGGCUAUUGCAUCGUCGCCGGAGACGAGGGAGCUCUGCGCCGUGCUAGGAAAAUCCGGCCGCCUUCUCCGACAACUCAUCACUCUAAUCAACAUCACCACCGACGACGACUCUCAUCAUCAAGUCUCGGCAGCUGCAAUCAAAGCCAUUUCAGCUCUGUCCUCCCUGGAACCCAACCGCGAAGCCAUGGUGAAACAAGGACUCACCGAUUCACUCAUAACGUGCAUUCUCGCCAACGCCCAGAAAUGCAACAAAACCAGCUUAGCACCAAUGGCAAUGCGAGGCAUGGAAUUGGUUUUAGCAUCGGAGAGCGCAAAAGAGGCGGUUGUGAAUCACCCCAGCGGGGUCAACGCAAUAGUCAAGAUGGUUUUUAGAGUAUCGGAUCAUCAAGGGAGUGACGAAGCCGUCAAUUCAUUGAUGAUUAUAUGUCGGGAUUCCUUAGACGGCAGGGAAGCCGCCAUAUGCGCCGGAGUUUUGACUCAGCUUUUGUUGCUUCUUCAAAGCCAGUGUUGUGGACGAACCAAAACCAGGGCAAGAAUGUUGCUUAAGCUGUUGAGAUCCAUGUGGGCGGAUGAUCCAAAACAUGCCGUCUAAAACUUGGAGAAGAUUUGCAUAAAUUUGAUUGUAUAAAAGAAGUCCUUGAAUUGAAUGCUUCAAUUCAAUUGUAAAAUUCUUACACUGCACAUUUAAUGUCACAUCACUAUAUUAUGUCAAUUUUACAAGUAAUAUAAUGCAUUCAAUUCAAGUAAUUAAACA